UCCUAACCCAGUCUGAAUUAAGUUCUUUAACAGCACAGUUGCGUUCGCUCUUAAAAAAAAAAUAAGAAAAUAAUACAAAAUGUGGACAAAAGUGAUUUUAUCUCUGGUGCUUGUGGCAUUUGUCGGCCUGCAGUUUGCCAACUCUCUGACCUGCUACAGCUGUAAUACGAUUCAAUCUUGCCAGAAUCCAAGCACUCAAACUUGCAGCAACACAACGGCGAAUGCAACAAGUGCUUGGCUGAGCACCAUCCACAGCGAUGUGCCACAAAUAAAUGGCAGUCUUAACUUCAAGUGCAUGAACCUCACCCAUUUCAUCUACGCAAACAAUAGCAAACAAUCUGAGAUUCUGGGCUGCUUCCACGAGUCAAUUCCAGUCUGCAGUCUGACAUUGAAUGCUACCAACAGUGCAACAUGGGCCAAAACUUGCAAGACUUGCACCACGGAUUACUGCAAUCGCAGUCCGGCUGGCACAUUCAGCAAGAGUUCUUACACAAUGAUUGGCUCUGUUGUGGCUUUGCUCUUGGUUAAGCUGCGAUCGCUUUAAGAUUAAUUUAUUUAUUGAAUUUGUUAACACAAUUCAAAUAAAAUAUUUGUCUAAAAUAUA